GUUUUUCAGUUGGGGUAGUUUUUCUGAUGAUGUACAAAAUAUGGGUUUCGAUCAGGGAGCGCUGCCCAAACUGGGCUCCCGCUCCCGCCCCUCCUCCCUCACCACACAGACGACAUGAGAAGGUUAGUGCCCUUCUGUGAGCUCUGGUAUUCCCCGUGCAAACCGGGGACAGCGGUGCAGUCGACCCACGGGGGUGCCCCCUCAACAAAUUGAAGUUGUUGAUAUUACUUCUUGUGGCUGGAGAGUCUUUCCAUAGAGAGCUGAGUGUCACUCUUAAGGACUCCUGGUGGUGGCUUGAAAUCAGAAAACAAGGGUAGAGUUGGCAGCUGUCUGCUUACAAGCCCACGGGGACUGCGGGUGGGCACUCACUGGUGACUUCGCCCAAGGGGGACACAGAUACUCGGCUCAUGGGAUUGUUGUAGUGAAGAAGUGAGUGAUAACAAUGCCAACUAUCGUGCAGGCCGUUUCUGAUCAUACGGGCUGCACUGUGCUGUGUGUCAAGGAACCUGCAGCUCUACCUCAGGACACGGACGGAGAGUCACGUGGAUUCCCGUACUUGGUCAUGGUAGCGACAGGAGUCAAGGGCUGCUGGACUGCCAUGCUCCUAUCCAGACACUCGGGUCCCUUAAGAAAGUGCCAAGGCCCCAACUGUACGUGGAAUACACCUGGCAGACCUGCCCUGUCCUGCGGCCUCGAGGAGUAUCUCAAGAGAUUUUACCCAUCCGACGCCAAAUCGAGGGAUGCCGACGGCUUCGGAGCCCGGCUCAAGGAAAUGCAGAAGUUCUUCCGCCUACCCGUGACGGGAAUGCUGGACUCCCGCGUGAUAGUGGUAAUGCAACAGCCCAGAUGCGGACUUCCGGACACCAGAGAAGACUUGCCAUCCAGAAACAGGCCAAAGUGGAUUUCCAAAGUGGUCACCUACAGGAUCAUAUCAUACACUCGAGACUUACCACGUGUCACAGUGGAUCAUUUAGUGGCAAAGGCCUUGAAUAUGUGGAGCAAAGAGAUCCCACUCUCCUUCAGGAGAGUUGUGCUGGGAAUUCCCGAUAUCGUGAUUGGCUUUGCAAGAGGAGGACCAAAUGUGACACCCACACGCCAAGCUUUCAGUCUCGGAUGGUUAUCGGGGCUGAGCAGUGGUUUUCUGAAACAGAAUGUUCCUGAGGCCCAUAAACACGCACACCGCCCUGCUGCUCACGGGGACUUCUACCCAUUUGACGGACCAGGAGGCACACUGGCCCAUGCCUACGAACCUGGGCCGGGCCUGGGAGGAGACGCCCACUUCGAUGAGGACGAGCGCUGGGCCGACGGCAGGGGUCUAGGAAUUAACUUCCUGGCUGUUGCAACCCAUGAACUUGGCCAUUCUCUGGGCCUGAGACAUUCGUCUGAUCCCGACUCUGUCAUGUACCCCACCUACGGAGCCAGGGACUCUGAGAAUUUCAAGCUCUCGCCGGGCGAUAUCAGAGAAAUCCAGGAAUUGUAUGGAAAGAGAAGUAAAUCAAGAAAGAAGUAGGAACUUCGGGGAGAGCACACGUUCAUUCAUGGGAUUCCUUGUAGCUCUUCUCCAACCAGAACUAAUGCACACAGUCCUUGAAUGUCUCUGAGCACUGACUUGGCUCUUGCCUGUAUCGUGGUUGGUUUUCACGUGUCUCUCUCUCUCCCUCUCUCUCCUUCUGGGGAUAAGCCCCCUUGUGGCCUGAGUGUCUCAUUCAUUGAUGACUUUCCUCGAGCAACUUGCACUUGGUAGAUAUUAAUAAAUGUUAAAUACACAGAUAAAUAAAGUUUGUAUUCCAUGGUAAAA